GCGCGCUCCGCCCCGGCAUGAUGCGGCGCGGCUCAAUGGCCAUCCUCGGCGGCGGGGAACCGCUGAUAGUGGUGGAAGAGAGCGGCGCGGAGGAGGAGGCAUCUUACCGCAGCCCGGUGGCCACACGAGGCCUCUCCAUCGACCAGGAGUCGCCGCCUGAUCCCUACCACCUGUCACCGUGGCGCGACACUCGCAAACACUCCCUGCCUACACCCUCCUGCACCACCGGCCCUACUGCUAGCCAGGUCCGCCGUCUAUCGGAGCGGGGCGAGGGUGCCGCUCGAGAAGCGCGGGAAGCUGCUUUCCUAGCGACGCUAAGCCAGGUCCAGCCACAACCUGGUGGUCGAAGACAUUCCGUUGUGACAAUAUCCCGCGUGCCACAAGCGCUGUUCGGGCGAGGCCGCCGCGAGUCCAUCGCCGCCUUCCCCGCGCUGGGCCGCCGCCGGGACUCAAUUAAGAAAUCAACCGAAACAUUAGGCAGCACGCAUAAUUUACAACUCGACAUCAUGGAUGACAUCGUGCAAGCUCGAAAAGUACGCAUGCGGCUUUGGAAUACCUCUAGUGAACGCGUCUGCGAGGUGCAGCCACUGGACGAACGCUCGCCGAUGAGCGGGUCCGUGCGGUACACGAACCGUGGCCGACGGCACUCUGACUUCGUCGGGUCGCCGCUACCGCCAAUUCCUGCUCGCCGCCGUGCCUCCGAGAUGCCUCCACCGCCCCUAUCCCGCCGCGCUGGCGCUGGCGUCAUUUGUACCGACACAGAUCUCCAUCACAUGCUCAAUGCGCUCACAUCUUCUUCCACUGAAAUAGACCUCUGCGGCAAGCCCGAAAGAACAAGACGACUAGCCGACACGCGUUCAAGCAGCUUCGAUGCUUCUACUUUACGAGACAAACCCCCAGGAUCAGAGUUCGGCCUCGUAUUCCAGAAGAUCGCCAAUUCGAGUUUUGCUGUGUAG